AUGUCGAACAAGGCGGAUUCGAGGAGAGCGGCAGCGGUGUCAGAGGCGCUGCCCACGUUUGGCGUGGGUGCCGUGGUGGCACUCAUGGGCAUCCGUGGAUUCACUGCCACCAAAUCCAUUCCCAGCUUACUGGCAGGUCUGGGCUUCGGCACCCUGUUCGGGGUGGGCGGUUACCUCAUCCAGGACCCGGCCACCAGCGCCUCUGGCCGCACCAUCGCCCUCGCCACGUCGCUGACGCUGGCGGGCGUGAUGGGGAGCCGAUUCGCGCGGACGCGCAAGCUGUACCCGGCGGGCGUGCUGGCGGCGGUGGGCGCCGGGUCUUCGGCGUGGCACGGCUACUCGGUGUUCGUGCGGGUCGAGCACCAAGUCGCCGACGCCCUGCACUCCGCCAAGGAGACCGGCAAGCACGAAGUCGAGAAGAUCGAACGCAAGCUCAGCGGCAAGGACUGA